GUUUGUUUGUUUUUUCUUCAUAAACGGAGCCUGUUGAACUAUUUCAUUAAAUUAAAUAAACCUCACACAGUUAAAUGAAUGUGUUGGCAAUUAUUGUGACCAUAAGUGCAAUUUGUGGACUUCACGCCUUUAAAACAUCCAUUGUUCCCAAUGAGUUUAUUGUUCAAUUCCAUUCAAAGUACUUUGCACCGGUUAGAAAAUCCUAUAUCAAAGCGAAACUCCUUGGUUCAAACAUAACAAACUGGAUAAUUAUUCCUCGUGAAAAUAUAGCCUGGCAAUAUCCAAGUGAUUUCGAUGUCUUAAGAGUUUUAGGCGAUGAUGAAACAUUUGCAAAGUUGGUUGUAGAACGAAUUGAAUCUCACCCAUCAGUGAAGGCAGUGGUCCCGCAACGAAGUGUACGACGGAUACUGAACUAUAGUCCGAACAGCAAUUUAACCAACGUACACCGUCAUCCUCAAGGAGUUUUGAGGAACAGGAACUCGAACAAUGAUCGACACCGGCAAGUUUGCUCAGUACUGCACGCAAACGUCCUUUGGAAGCUCGGAAUUACAGGCAAAGGAGUGAAAGUGGCUAUAUUCGAUACUGGGCUAACCAAGAACCAUCCACACUUCCGAAAUGUAAAGGAACGAACCAACUGGACAAAUGAAAAGUCUCUGGAUGACAGAGUUAGUCAUGGCACCUUCGUCGCCGGGGUAAUAGCCUCCUCCAGGGAAUGUCUUGGCUUUGCUCCUGACUCAGAUCUAUACAUAUUCAAAGUCUUUACGAACUCUCAGGUUUCGUACACUUCAUGGUUUCUAGAUGCUUUUAACUACGCCAUAUACAGGAAAAUACACAUACUCAACCUUAGCAUAGGUGGACCGGACUUUAUGGACUCGCCGUUCGUUGAAAAGGUUUUGGAAUUGUCUGCGAACAAUGUCAUAAUGAUAUCGGCGGCUGGGAACGAUGGUCCUCUGUUCGGUACUCUUAACAAUCCCGGCGACCAAAGCGAUGUUAUUGGCGUCGGUGGUAUUCAGUUUGAUGAUAAAAUAGCGAAGUUCAGUUCGAGAGGAAUGACCACGUGGGAACUUCCUUUGGGCUACGGAAGAUUGGGACUUGAUAUAGUCACGUACGGAAGUCAAGUGGAAGGGAGUGAUGUGCGCAAGGGCUGCAGACGCCUCUCUGGGACAUCCGUUUCCUCUCCAGUUGUGGCAGGAGUGGCUGCUCUGCUAAUAAGCGGAGCUUUUCCAAAAAUUGAUUUGAUAAACCCAGCAUCUCUGAAGCAGGUUCUGAUUGAAGGGGCUGAAAAGCUACCGCACUACAACAUGUUUGAGCAGGGAGCUGGAAAACUAAAUCUGUUGAAGAGUAUGCAGCUGCUACUAUCCUAUAAACCGAAGAUUACCCUUAUUCCAUCAAACCUUGAUUUUACUUCGAACUAUAUGUGGCCGUAUAGCUCUCAGCCGUUAUACUAUGGAAGCUCCGUGGUUAUUGCAAACGUGACCAUACUCAAUGGCAUUUCGGUUACCAGUCAAAUUGUUGGCAUCCCCAAAUGGAUUCCCGACGUCGAUAAUCAUGGUCAACUUCUUGAAAUAUCAACACAAGUCUCCCCUAUCUUAUGGCCGUGGACUGGGUGGAUGGCAGUUUUUAUUGCUGUAAAAAAGCAUGGGGAAAACUUUGAAGGGCUUUGUAAAGGAAGUAUCACAGUAGUUGUGCAAAGUUUUAAAGAGUCAACCAACAAAACUCUACUGACAGAAGUCGAAUUUCCACUAAUAAUAAAAGUAACACAAAAACCUCCAAGAAAUAAAAGGAUAUUGUGGGACCAGUACCAUAGCUUACGUUAUCCUCCCCGCUAUAUACCACGAGAUGAUCUGAAAGUAAAGCUAGAUCCUCUGGACUGGAGGGCAGACCAUAUACACACAAACUUUAAGGACAUGUAUACACAUUUACGAAAUGUUGGCUAUUAUAUUGAUGUUUUGCGGGAACCCUUCACUUGUUUCAACGCUUCGGAUUACGGAGCAUUAUUGAUUGUCGACCCUGAGAGAGAGUUUGCCGAUGAUGAAAUAACCGCUUUAAAGGAAAAUGUUUACAAUAAAGGUCUAAAUGUCGUUAUAUUUGGUGAUUGGUAUAACACUACGGUGAUGAAGAAAAUAAAAUUUUUCGACGAAAACACCAGGCAAUGGUGGACACCUGACACUGGCGGCGCCAAUAUUCCAGCCUUAAAUGAUUUGUUGAAACCAUUUGGAAUCGGUUUCGGUGAUUUUGUCGGAGAGGGACACUUUAAAUUGGGCGACCAUUCAAUGUACUAUGCUAGUGGUGCCCCAAUCAUAAAAUUUCCAAUGAACCCAGGGGAUAUUUUAGUCGGAACGAAGCUAAAUGAUCAAGGACUUUCGAUAAUAAACUCUAAGACACCCAACAAGGAGGCUAAGGUUGAUGUACCUAUUUUUGGAAUGUUUCAAACCAGGAUCAACAGUAUUGAAAGCAACGAGGAAAUCAUAAGCAAUGCGGAAAGCAAUUUGGUUGAGGCUAUACCCACAGAUUACUCAACGUUUAAAAACCGAGUCUUGCUACUAAGAAAAAAAGAGCAAGGUAUAAGUUUUGCCAAAUUCAAUAAUUAUCAAAGCAAUAGUGAAGGUCGAAUCGCCGUAUAUGGGGACUCUAACUGUCUGGACUCGACGCAUCUGGAGAAAGCUUGUUACUGGCUACUAAUUACAUUUUUAGAUUUUGCCAUAAACUCACAUAAAUCUAGCUUACUCCAGAACCUAAAUCGUAUAUCUGAAUUUCACAAAUUAAAAAAAACGCCUUUACCUCUUAGGAUAUCAAGUAGUAAUUUAAAAUUAAGUUCCCAAAACAAUAUUUGUGAACAAUUUCAUUGGCUAGCCUCAACGAAAAAAGAUCGCGUUCAAGAGAGGGAAUCUUCCACAUUGGACGUGGUGACAACGGAAAGUAAAGAAUCUGAGAUCAAUUUGAUUAAAAAUUUAUUGGAUGCAGAGAUGACAAAACUCUCCCAAAAUGACUAUUUUGCAGGAAGCCAAGUCGCCGAUAGCUUAAGAACUCCAAUUAUAUUUAUGAUAAGUUUAAGCUUGAUUGUUAUUAUAUUAUUUGUUUUAUUCAUAAAACGUCGAUCUAUUAUGUAAAUAAA